AUGACUUUGAAAUUUCAUUUUCCAUUAAUAAUACAAACUAUUAAAAACCACUCAACCAUCUUUCUCUCUGUUUUGACUCUAGAAGCCCAAGAAUACCACAUCAUGAGUACGCUACUAUCGGAGGAGGACCUCAACGACUUCAUCAGCCCGGCACUUGCAUGCACCAAGCCUACCGUGGUCAACAAGGAACCCGUCAACGUCAACGAGAAUGGAGAGUACGAGGUGACUAAGGAACCCACCGAGCUGGAGAAGGUCUCCAUCACUCUGUCGGACUGUCUGGCCUGUUCCGGGUGCAUCACGUCCAGUGAGGAGAUCAUGCUUUCUCGACAGAGUUAUUCCGUGUUCUUGAGAGACUGGGAAGAUUCCAGAGCGACCAAGACGCUAUGUGUCAGUGUGGCACCACAGUGUCGUGUAUCGAUGGCUGCACAUUUCCAAAUGAGUAUCCUGGAGCUAGAUUUGGCCCUGGUACGCCUGUUUAGGGAACAUUUUGGUGCCAGGUAUGUCGUUGGGACGCAGAUGGGGAGGAAUCUAACCAUUAGUAGGACUAAUGCUAAGCUUAUGGAGUUAAAGGCACAGGGGAAACUAAAUGAAAAGCCCAUGUUAUCUGCGAUCUGUCCCGGGUUUGUCAUCUACACGGAGAAGACCAAACCAGGGUUGGCGCCCUUGCUAUUGAACGUCAAGUCGCCACAACAAAUCACAGGUGCAUUGUUUUUGGAUGCCAUGGCUGAGGGCCAAGAAAUGUAUCAUUUGACAGUGAUGCCCUGCUUUGACAAGAAGUUGGAGGCCUCGAGAGCCGAUGGGGAGCACGAAGUGCACUGUGUCAUCACACCGAAGGAACUAGUGUCCAUGCUGGAGGAAUUAGAACUAGAUUUAGCAAGUUUCAAGAGUCAAGAUGAAAAAUUGUUAUGGGAGGCAUCGCCUGCCGGGUGGGAUCCUCGUGUGCAUUGGUCGUCGAACGAGGGGUCCAGUUCAGGUGGGUACGCAUACCAGUAUGUGUUAGAGACGCAAUCCCUGCAUCCAGGGUCCAAAAUGAUUACAUUGCCGGGGAAGAACAGUAACGUGGUGGAGUAUCGGUUAUUGGACACAGAGGGACACACUCUUGCCUCUGCCGCUGAGUUGUCAGGGUUCAGGAACAUUCAAAACAUGGUGAGGCAACUAGACAAGAAGGCCGUGGGUCAAAAGAGGAAAGUGCAAGUGUUACGGAAGAGGGCCACGUCGUCGAUGAGAAACAUGAAUUUAGACUCGAAAGGCACUGGCAACGGCAUCGCAGACCCAUACAAGACAGACUACAUCGAGGUGAACGCGUCCCCCGGCGGAUGCAUCAACGGUGGAGGGCUUCUCAACGACGAACAGUCCACCGUGAGGAAGAGGGCCCUGGCACAGGAGUUGAGCGAGCUCUACUCGCACAGCUUCACGCUGGUGGACCCUGUGAAGCUGGGGCGCCAGCAGCACACGACCUCCUCACUCGAGUACGAGUUCCACGCCGUCGAGCAGGACACCCAGAAGGACCUGGUCACUGUGGGAAACACCUGGUAA